GGAAGGGCUUCGUCCCUCCCCACACCCGAUCGCAGGCUGGAGCCCGGGUCAGCUUGGCACCUUCCUCCAGUCAGUGACCAACUCUUGGUGUAGCAAGGUCUCGGCUAUCCCCCUCCGUUCCUAUCCAGUGUCUUUCCCGCUACAAGAGCAAGCCCAGCGCCUGGCGGGCUGAGGAGGAGAAAGAAAGGAGAAUUGAAGAGAAGAAAGACCUGGCUGGGACUGGGUGUUGUCUACAGUGCCAGAAAAGGAGGCGGUGGCAGCGUCUGCGACCACGGCCGCUCGGGACGUGAGGCCCGAGAGCAGCCGGCGCCGGCGGCCGCCGCUCCAGCUCCUCGAGCCGGGGCCGUUAGUCAGCAGAACGCGAGCUUGUGUGGAGAAGAGCCGGCGCGAGGCGAGACUCGGGGCUCCCUCAGACCCCGCGGUCCUUCGUCCCGGCUUCGGGGACUGCAGCCCUCGUGCCCCCUCCUCGCCUGGGCCCGUCCGCGGACUGCGAGAGUCCGGUGGCCGGAGCGCGGGUCGCGCCUCGUGGAGGACAACGCGUCGCAGACGUUCUCUCCCGACCCCCUCUACUCGGCAUCUCGGCGGUGGCCGCCUCUGUGCAGAAGAUGAAUAAUCUUUCGUUUAGUGAGCUGUGUUGCCUCUUCUGCUGUCCUCCUUGCCCAGGGAAAAUUGCUUCUAAACUAGCAUUUUUGCCACCUGAUCCAACUUACACACUGAUGUGUGAUGAAAGUGGAAGCCGCUGGACUUUACACCUCUCAGAACGAGCAGACUGGCAGUAUUCUUCUAGAGAAAAAGAUGCUAUCGAAUGUUUCAUGACUGGAACCAGUAAAGGCAACAGAAUUGCCUGUAUGUUUGUGCGUUGCUCACCCAAUGCCAAAUAUACUUUACUUUUUUCACAUGGAAAUGCUGUUGAUCUUGGUCAGAUGAGCAGCUUUUACAUAGGACUGGGAUCACGGAUUAAUUGUAAUAUAUUCUCAUAUGAUUAUUCUGGAUAUGGUGCAAGUUCUGGGAAGCCAACAGAGAAGAACCUCUAUGCAGAUAUUGAAGCUGCCUGGCUUAGUCUUAGGACAAGAUAUGGCAUUCGUCCUGAAAAUGUGAUCAUAUAUGGCCAAAGUAUAGGUACAGUACCAUCUGUGGAUCUUGCUGCUCGGUAUGAGAGUGCUGCUGUUAUUCUUCAUUCUCCUUUGACCUCUGGAAUGAGAGUUGCUUUUCCUGAUACAAAGAAGACCUACUGUUUUGAUGCAUUCCCAAACAUUGACAAAAUCUCUAAGAUAACCUCUCCAGUAUUAAUAAUUCAUGGGACUGAAGAUGAAGUUAUUGACUUUUCACAUGGCCUCGCAUUAUUUGAGCGUUGCCAAAGACCUGUGGAGCCUCUGUGGGUUGAAGGAGCAGGACAUAAUGAUGUGGAACUUUAUGGACAGUACCUUGAAAGGUUGAAACAGUUUGUGUCACAGGAACUGGUAAAUUUGUAAAAUAUUCUGUAAAUUUGCAUACUGGAUUUUCUUUUCUUGCUGAACUGCACUCUUUGGUAAAUAAUAUAAAACCUGAAGGUUUUGUUUACAAAUCAUGUCAGUUGCCUUCAAAAAUGUACAGGUAAUGAUUUGUUAACAGACUUAAUGAAGGUUUUAAUUACCAGAAAUAGAAACUGGAAAUAACAGUAUCAUGCAGUCAGGCUGUGUAAUUUAUAUUUUUUCUGUGAAUUUUUUUUAAACAUAAAGAUGAGUACUGUAUGAAAUUUUAAUUAGUUCUAUAAAAUCAAAUGCUGUAAAAGUAUUGCCAAAUGCUUUUGCAUAUCAGAAACAAAUUUAUAAAUAUUUUUAAAACAUCUCAAUGUACUAAACCUUAUCCUGAUAUACAAAUGAUGUAAUAUUCUUUAAAAAAGCUGUAUAUCUAAAGCAAUUCAAGUACUCAUAAUAGAAUAAACUGUAAAAAUAAAAUUUUAAAACAUCAAGUUAAAUAGGGUUCAUCUAACCCUGUUGUACAGGGAUAGGAGCUUAAAUGGCUAUUUUAUUGUAAAAUACAUUGAAUUUUCUGUAUUCUCGUUAUAAUACAUUUAUCCUAAAAAUGAAGUAAGUCUUAAUUUUUAUGCCAUCUGUUAAUUUACCAAUUAGUUACCUUGUAAAUGCAGUCAUAGUGGCACUGAAUUUUAACUAGUUUGGAUUUAUAAGUUUGAUACUGUGAGGCAACUACUUAAAUUUUAUUUAGUUACCUAAAAGGCAUUUAGGGUUUCAAGACUGAUUUGUAAUGCAACGUUGUUUUCAAAUUUUGACUAAUCUUGUAGAAUUGUAGUACUACUCUUCAUUGUAUGAAAACCUGAAAGUCCAUUAGUUGUUCUUCAAUACCACAAACAGACUGGCUAUUUGGACUUUUUUCACUUUGGCUAUUUUUAAGAAUAGGACCCACUCAUUUGGGUUACUAUCUAAGAAUUUCAUGGAUUUACUCCUGUAUGCAGGAGGUAAUAAAACAUUUAAUUCAUAAGUUUUAUAUUAACCAGUAUAGUAAAAAAUAAAGCUCACACACAAAAACUAAGUUGCCUUUCCUUGAAUGAAUCCUGCCUGAAUAAAACAAUGAAAGAAAAAUAAAAAUAAAAUUAACGGUAUGUAGUCUAAUUUGUAAAUGAAUGAAUAUUGAAAUAAUACACACUGUGGAUAUCUUUUAAGGCCUUAUGUAGUUUUAAUUGUUCUGCUUGUUCUGUGGUUAUGUCUAAGACUAUAGUAUAUGAUUCUCUACAACGUAUAUCAAGUAUUGUGAAUGCUUUGGUUCAGAUGUGUCAAAUUAACAGUAAAACCACAAAUAUACCACUCA